AGGUGCUGGAGAAUCCGGGCCCGACGAAACCCCAGCGGAUGUCGGACAGCCCAGCUCGCCGGAGGAGUGAUGGCCUCAUUCCUGAGGGCGGAGAAACACGUAGGCUUCUCUCCUCGCGCCCGCACACGCCCACCAGCCUUUUGCCUCAUCCGACGACAGAUGAGACUAAUUGGGUGACCCCGCUAAAUAACGUGCCCCCUUCGUCAAAUCCCACUGCGUCAAAUAGCGGGAAUCGCUUGGCGACUCCGCCGCAUAAGCUCCUCCUCGAAACUUCCUUUACCUGCUCGCCUGUCACCUCGCCGGAGCCCGCUCUGGACCUCCGCAAGACGGCUCAUGUUCACUCACCAGCUAUCACAUGGGAGCUCUUAUCGGCUCUUGAGGAACAGCUGCUCCUUGGAGUCAGGGAAUCGACGCGAGGAUCGCUAGAGCGCGGAGAGGACUGGCUGGCGGGGGUGGCGCCACUAGCCUCGCCUGAAACGUUAAGCGAAGCCUCAAGUGUGGUGUCACGUGCAUCUCUCUUACUUAGGGAAGGUAGGAGAGCUUCGUCAGCCCUACAGCCCUUGCAUCAGUCCCCGGUUCUAAACCAUCGUUUGCCCCUUUCUCGUCUUGGUACUGGGUACUGCUUUUACGUAGAGACUCCACCUUUGGAUUCCAGGCACCAGGUACUGCCAGCAGCAGAGCAACUCCCCGAGUCUUCUGACGACGAGGAGAUCAGUCCGCACUCCAUUACCCCAACUACUUUCAUCACCAUUGAUCCCAUCAUGCCCACGCCCCCCACGCCACGAAGAGGUGACAGGGACGACUCGGAUAGUUCCCUCCAUCUGGAUACCACGCCCGUUAUGUUGGGCGAGGACCCCGAGGCUGACUCCGUGCAGGGAGUCUCCGCUCUGAUGUCAGAAACCGUCCAUGACAACUCAGAAUUAGUAUGCAUAUCGAAAGAGAAGGAAGAGCAGGAAGCAGAGAAUGUUCCCAAUAACAGAAGUACAGAAGAUAUGCCUGACUCUCCAGAGAGUGGUCCUAGCCGAGCCUCGUCCUCGGGAUCCUCUCAAAGUUCACAUAGGGUUAAGUUUGACUUGACAACCUCACAGAUGUCGCGGGACUCAGGUUAUGGUGAGAAGCUCAAUGGUUACGAGACUCUCUGCGCCAACAGCGGCGACUGGGGUAUCCAGACCUCGCCCUGGGGAAGCCAUCAGCAGGAAUAUGGGCGCGGACAACCGUCAUUAGUGCACCACUAUGUGUACUCAGGGGUGUCGCCUCAACUGUCCCCUUCCUCGCCAGCUAACACUGACUCCUUCACCUCCCCACUCACUUCAGACCCGCCGUUGUCUCGCCAGCCCUCCCUCUUGCCAACACCUGUUGAUAUACCACAAAUUUCUACGGCCAUGUCAAGCCAUUCAGCUCUCUUCUCGACCCAGCCACUCCACCCUUUGUAUAAGGCCACCCCUCUCUUGCACGACAUUUCUCAAAGUCCCAAAUCUUUGACUAUUACAGACCGACCGAUACACAGAGCAGAGAGCAGUGUAUAGUGCUACUGUAGAUAGACCUAAUUGUAAGUUGUUGAUGAAUCUAGUUAGGAAUCAUAAUGUCAAUGCAUAUAUAUUCUAGUCAUUUUGCGACAAAAAGUUCUGAAUUGUUAAGUUAUGUUUUCUUUGUGAUGUGGUGCAACUGUUUAAUAAUUGUAUGAAUAUCGAAAGAGCUAAUAUCAAUAUGAUUCUUUCCAAGAAAUAUAUGUAUAUAGUAUUAUUAUCGCAAAAAGUGUAUCAGAUGCAUAAUUCUUUAAAGGAGUCAACCUCUUUUGAAGGGCAAAGCUCUCCCAGUAUACAUGCAAAUAUAUGCAUGUCACGACAGUCGCGUUCCGACAUUUGAAGGAAUCAAAUGACUGGAAAAGCAAGCCAACUUGCUAAAGAAUUCUUACCAUUUAUCAGUGGGGUUCAUGCAAAUUUGUCAAAUUACAAAUGUAUAAGAAAUACUUUUAGGGGACAAUCGGUGUGUGAGCCAUAGCUCACCUAACACGUCCUUGUUCCCGCCUGCUGCCUCAUGUUUUGUCCUUUCCCUAAAAUAAUAUGUGGGGUAUAACAUCAUGUUGCCAUCAUAGAAUUCAAGCAUAUUUCCCCUUGAAUAACGGCUGGAUAUAUUAUUAGAUAUGACUGACAAAAGCAUUGCCGUUUGUGUCAUGAGAGCCAAAAUAAGCAAUACCCUUGUGAUGCUUCUGAAUAGUUGUAUGUUCAAGUGCUAAUUUUGGGUAGCUUCAGUCAUAUCUUUAUAUCAGAGGUAGUUAGGUAUAUACACACAGAUGCCAAAUACCUUUUAUAUCAUGUUUUCAACUGCAAGUAUAGUGGAUUUGGUUAUGUAACAUACGUUUGAUGUAUAAUACUACUUCUACACCCUUAUCGUAUGUAUCAAUGC